GUUAGUUUGUAUGGGCCGGUAGGCCUUGGUUGCCCCUUCUUGGUACUAGAUGCAGCUCUGGCUGGCCCUUGCUUCGUAGAUGUAGCCCUGGCUACGUGGAUGUGGGCACACACCAUGUGGAGUUGUCGAUUACAUUAUACUAUCCAACCUUGGACUUCAGCUGUACUUCAUGAGCAUUAAGGUUUCUCACAGUGCCAUGUGGUAGCUAAACUUUGUCGCGUUUUGAUUCAGUUCCCAUCGACGCAAGAGGUGUGUGAAUUGUUACAAGGUUGGCGAACUAGUGUUUGUCAAUUCAGGCGGCUACAUUCGGUAUUCGGGUUAGUGGGGUGGCUAGAUUCUAGUAUGCCAGAUAAUUUUGUUCUUAGGUCUGUGAAUACUUGUAGUCUUAUUAUGAACUUGCUCUGUGGAGUUGGUAGAUUAGCAAUACUGUGCCUUUCUCUAUUGCCAUACUGCGGAUUUUCAUACCGGGACGGGAGGGUAGGUUUCAUCUUUCACGAAAGAUGUGUGGAAGCGUAGAGGAAAGUCCUAGUGUCCGCCUUGAAGUGUAACAUCAGGCCCCUAGGUGAUAUCUAGGAAAUAUUGUAGCCUUGCAUUCGUAAGGGCGAGACCCUUAAGGAGCCAAGUUUUGUAUAUUAGCACAGGCUGCACAGGCUGAGUUACAUAGACAAAUAGGUGUUCAGAUAUAUAGAAUCAUUAUAGAUAAAUUCAGUUCAAGAAAUAGAUAUGUACAUAAUGUGUCCAUAAAUCAAUAGACAUACAGAGUAGAAGUUGAAGAUAGGCAUAUGUAACAAGGAUACAUACAUAUCCACACACACACACACACACACAGAGAGAGAGAGAGAGAGAGAGAGAGAGAGAGAGAGAGAGAGAGAGACAGAGAGAGAGAAGGGCAAAGUGUGAGGUUUUGAGUAGGGGGGCAAAGGGGAGCGAACAGUGGAGACAGGUAAAGGGUGAAGAUGGCGACCACUCUGAAUGCCCAACAGAAGUGGCAAAUGGCGGGAAAGGCAGUCAGGGCACCACGGGAAGGACGGCUGAAGGAUAUUGAAGUCAUGGCACAGAAAUUGAUUCAACUUCAAAGAGAGCGGGAUGAGCUGCAAAAGGACGUUGAGGCUCUUUGCAUGCAGCAAGCUGGUUCCCACACCAGCUUCGACACUGCGCAAAAGAUUCACAACAGGCGGGCAGUUGGACUGGAGCAGGAGUUAUCAGAGGCCAAGCAUCACAUAAACGUGAUAGAAAGGGAGAGAGACAUGCUAGAGGAGGAAAUCGAAAUUGCCUACCGUGGCAAGGCCCAGGUUCAAGACAGCCUCAAAGAAGCGACAGAUCGGGUGGCAUCACUGGAAAGUGAGGUGAAGUACUUCCAACAGCAAGUGACUGAGCUCCAUGCCGAACGAGAGAAAACCCUAGUAGAGUUAGAAACUGUCCGCUUCGAGCAGAAGAGUAUGGACCAGGCCCUAAAGGAGCUAUACUCAAGGCAAAGGAAACUGGAAACUCAAAUGGCUGAAUCAGAGAAGGAGAACUUGGGCCUGAGGGAAAGGCUGGAGAUAGCUAAUGUGGCAAUUGAUGAAAUGCACAAGGUGAUGGAUAUGCUGAGGGAGGCUGGACUAGGUUCUGGAAAAACAGAUGGCGAUGAAGGCCAGAAUCAUCAGCCACGUGAGAUUGCCGAGGCACUAUUGGGUGAAAGGAGAGCACUUCAAACUGCUCAUGAAGAGGGAAGAAGAAAAAGCGAGAAGAUGGAGAAAGCAUUGGUGGCAGUGACCAGUGAAGUGAGUAGGGCACUGGAAGAAGAAAGAGAGGAAUGCAGACAUGUAAAGGCGGGAAUAUCACAGGUUCUGGACGCGGAGAAGGAAAGGAUAGCGCGAAUGAGGCUCGAGCUGUUGCAAGCUUUCCAGGAGAUGCGUGAGUUGCAUGCACAUGAGAGGGUAGGAAGGAUUCAGUUGGAGUUGAGGACAAAGCAACAGGAGGAUGAUUUUGCUCGGGAGAAGGAGGAGUUGGAACAGAAGCUCAGGGUAUUGGAGGAGGAAAGUGUAAACAGGAUCGAGGAUCUGGAGGCUGAGCUGGAGGCAGAAAGGGAUGAGAGAGCGAAGGAGAAAGCACAGUUGGUGGAAAAAUGGGAGAUAGAGCAAGAUAUGCGGCAAGAGCUGGAAACAAAGUUACAGGACGCAGAAGCAGAGGUUGAAAGACUUAAGGAGGAACUGGAGACAGAGAGAAAGGAGAGAGAUGAAUUAGAAGAGAAACUUGAGAGCAAGAAUCAGAGCUAUGAGGAUCUAGAGAAGGUGCUGGAGGAGCUGUCACAGAAACUUGUAGACGAAAAGAUGGAACUCGAGCGGGAGAAAGAAGAUCUGCAGAACCAGUUGGCAGAGGAGAAGGGUGCUCGAAGCGAGGCAGAGAAGAAAGUCAGAGAGCUUCACGUUGCAAUAGACUUGAAGGAGCACCAAGGGAAAAGGCAGAAACAAGAUCUCGAGGCAAAAAUCAAAGACUUAGAGUCUCAGCUGAAGGAUAUGCAGAUACACACAAGGGAAGUCCAGAGGGAGCUUGAGCAUGAGCGAAAGGAGAAAGAGAAAGCACUGGAAGUUAGUGCUGAGGGGAAACCUGGCAGGGAGCAGUGGGACAAGUUUGAGGAGCAAAAACUUGCACUAGCCCAAGCCAUGAAUGAAAAGGUUGCCACACUUCAGAUCCUGAGCAAACACGAGGAGAGGCAGCGCAUGGAUUCCCAUACAAUCUCCCUUCUGGAAGCUGAAGUAAGCGAUCUUAAGGAAAAGCUUAACCAGGUCACCGAGGAGAAGGUGAAUGCACUGAUGGAGAAUGCAGAUCUGAAGAAGCAGAGAGGAGGGCUGCAAGACCGCGUCAAAGAUCAAGCACGGCCCGCACACCUUCAGCGAAGCGCCUCAAUGGUCGGAAACCCGUCCCAACCGUCCUCGCCAAAUUCUUCUGCUCCGAGAGAGAUUUCUAUUCCUGCAAGUGGAGAGAUCCCAUCAAGCUUUGGCGGACAGGGGGUCCAGCAAUUGGCACAGACUGCAACGUUCAUGGGGGCGUUCCGGCGAAGUGGAUGGUUUAAAAGUGCAUCAAUGAAGAGAGAUGGCUCCAGCCCUAGCUUGACCCCUAGUGGCAGCUUCCGGCGAAGCGGAAGCAUGUCUGCGGGAGGGGAGGAUCCCAUAAACUCCGGCAGGCAAAUGCCGAAUCCCACAUCCUGAGGAGAACUCAGGCUAUCGGAGACUUGUGGGAGGUCGCUGGAAGAGUAGGGGGUGGGGGGAUGGGGGGAUGUGAGGAGACGUAGUGCUUUUGGGUUCCACCAGUCUUCGUCAGGAUGAGAUAGGAUGGGGAUGAGGCUGAGUUAGGAUGGUUCGUAUUUCUGGUCGCCAGGAGGACCAUUCAGUUUCCUCCGAUGGAUGUGUCAGUCUUAUAGAAGUGCACUAGGUGUGAGUAGGGCCUAGCUUUCUAGCAGUUGUCUUUGAGCCUCUGGAACAGGAAAGUGCAUAUGGUGAGCGCAUGGAGCAGUGCAUUGAAGCAUUACACGGUUGAAGGAGCAUGUUGCGGUGUAGGUCCGCUGCAUGCUCUGGAGUUUUUUUAUUGUGAGGCUGAGGGAAGACUCACACUAGCUCUUUCUUUAAUGUACCCGACUGCAAUUACGGCCAGACCUGGAUGAAUCUGACCGCAAUCAUGUCUAGAGUGUAGUAGAAGAAGUCCUUGUGUGAGUAUGCCCUGAGAUUAUAUGAGAAAAGAAUGGAGCUGGGUGAUCACGCACGAGGAGGAGGGAGGGGAGUGGAUUUUAGUCGAUGAAUCGAAUUCUAGGGGGAGUCUGAUCCAAUAGGUUUUCCAAGCGUGAGGUGAUACCUAAGGGAUCUUAGUGCAAACUUGCAAAGUACAUUUGGUGCUAGCCUUUUUGCAUGUGGAUAUGCUUAUGUCUGUCUGUAACGUUGUAGUAUUCUGUGACUAUUCCCAUGCCUGUAGGGUCUCGACCAUAAACUGUUGCGCCGCCACAUCAAAUCAGAUCUUGUUCAUGCCUUUCUUACUUCAAGAAACCGUGGUCAAGGGGCCACCAUGCUUCCUUCUUUGAGAUCCCAGUUCUGGACCAUGGAGGAACUAAGGGUCUGGGCCCAACUUGGGACCGGGUGAGGACUGGGACCAGAUUAGGACCCCAGCCUGGAGGGGUGAGGACUGGGCCCAGAUUAAGACCCAAGCCUGGAGCGGGGAUAGAGCAGGUGCCAUGGGUGUUAGCGUGGAUCACUUGUCACUCUGAGGCCUGCAAGUCAGAUUCCAUGCAGGACCAUGUCAUCCAGCGCCAUGCUUGCUUCCUUGCGCUCCCGGUUCUGGACCAGGGACAAAGGGUCUGGCCCCAACUUGGGACCAGGUCAGAUUUCAUGCAGGACCAUUUCGUCCUGCGCCAUGCUUGCUUCAUUGCGCUCCCGGUUCUGGACCAGGGACUAAGGGUCUGGCCCCAUCUUGGGGCCCAGAUGAAGACCCAAGCCAGGGGCUGGGACUAGACCAGGUGCCAUGGGUCUGUGCUUGGAUCAUUUGUCACUUUGAGGCCUGCAGGUUAGAUUUCAUGCAGGACCAUUUCGUUCCACGAGAGCUUGGCUCUUCCCUUCGUUGACUGCUCCGUUGUGAUUUUGCUCACGAAUGAUCGUGCUGUCAUCGCCUCUCGACGGCCAUAUAUUUUGAUAUCAUUUAUUCUAAGUCCAUCAGGCUAGUACCGGAAACCAUCAGAAUCUCUUACUAGAAACGGGCCAGUUUUUUUUUCCUUGGGUAGGCUAGGGCUGGGUGUGUUUUUCGAGUCUCAACUCAACUGCAUGCUCAUGGGCGUGAGAAGUGCCUUUGCAACCUGCACUCAACACUCCGUAUACCCUUCUGUAUUUCCUUGGCUUCAGCUCCCGCAAGCAUUUUUGUAAUGUGCCUCUCUACUCAGUGUACAUUUUGCUGAACGACAGAAAUAGAAAGUCAAGAUUAAGUACACCAGUGGAGCAAUUUGCGAGACUCCAUGAGUCCAUGCCAUUGGGUUAUUCACAGCUGAUAAGCCAAUGACAGAUGGCACUCCUCACACAUGCCAUUUUUCUUUUUUCUUUUCGCUUUCCGAAGUUUCUGUGAUCAGAUCUGUCAUUUUCUGUGUCAUUUAUUUUGCGUUGGUAGAAAUUUGUUGAGAGUCUAGAUACGUUGAACACCCAAAAGAGGAUAGAAAGUGGGGACCACGUGCAGCAGCACAGUAGAAGAUUUUCCCCAUCGAUUGAUAGGAAGGUCCAGCCGUAGUAGAAGAAGAAAAGCAUAUGACACAGUGAUGCACUGAAAGCAUUGCCGCUAGUGUAAGUUGGACAGUCCUUGAUAGUGUUACCAUCGUAGGUAUCAUAAGAUCGCAGGAAGAGAAUACGUAGAUCGAUAUAGGCACGUAGUCCCGACAGAUGGCGCUGUCUGUAGAAAUGGUUGGUCGUUGUCGAAGUUGGCAGGCGCAUCGGGGGGGGAGGAGGACUACUGGGUAAAAGGGUGAGGUCAAGAGAGCCCUCUGGUGGGCUGAUAACAUACAGAGAGGAAGAGGGUUGAUGAUCUAUGAAGACAAUUCCACUUCAUGAAGAGAUGCCACAUGCAGCAGACCGUCCCACUGCAUCAUUUGACGGCUGAGCGAUGGGCUUUGUCAAGUCGCACCGUGCCCUACGUCUGCAUGUCAUUGACUACCCUAAUCUAUGACAGGCCUUGCUUCAGUUUGAGAUCUCAAAUCUCAAGGGGCGUUAUGCGCUGCUGGCUUCUCUGGAGCUCUUUGGGAGGAUCCACAAGAUAGGCGAGGCGAUGGCGAGUGGUGCCCAUGCAGCAGUUGUGCGUCCUGGAUGGCACAAAUGAUUUACCACGGUAAUUUAAAGCAGGCCCUGCUGCAGUUGAUGACCUGACACCUUCUGUGGUAUAACUUGCCGCUGCUGUUCUUGAGGUGACUUUGCAAGACAGGCCACGUUAUGGCCAGGCUGCUAAUGACAAGAUAAAGAGUAAAAAACAUGUCGAGAGAGAGAGAGCAGCAGCAGUCUGUCUGUCCGGCGGGGCCUAAAAACAGCAAACGAUGGAUGACCGGAAUGAAGACCGACCAUACAAUACAUACGUAAAAAAAAAGCCUCAGCAUCGAUCAAUCCACCAAAUAUGAGAAGGAAGUUACUACAGGGGCAAGGCAGGCAGAAGAGUGAUGUGGGACUCAACACAAGACCACAGUAAGAAAGAUGUAUCGGCGCCAAAACACCCUGCAAACCGCCUAUCGACCAUCGAGGGAUGACCCACCCGGGCGAGGAAAGUGAUUCUCAAACUGAAUCGUCGGCAAGGGAGGAGUAGAUGAAGUGCAAAGGUGGAGCCCCAAGACAGUUGGGGAAAGCAGUGGAGAAGAGUGCCAACCACUGUUUUUUCUGUUCGUAACUUAAAAAGUUUGUGGACGAUUUGAGAGAGCAGCGCGCGGGUUGGAUUGGCUGGACAAGAGGGAUGGGAAGCUGAGUUGGGCAGAGGGAGUUGGUUGGGUUAUGGCAGGGGUCGCAAGAGCUUGAAGGAAGUGGAAGGAAGACAUGGUGUUGACUCUGUGUGGUUUACGAGGACAGAGUAGAGGCAAAAAGUCAUGAGGAGGAGAAUCAUGAUGACCUCACGGCAGAAGAACUUGGAGAACAUGAAAGUUCAAAAGUUUUCUCAAGCUUCUGGCAGGUGUGACGUUCUUUCGCAAUCGUUUUCAGUUAUUUUUUAUGACCCAUGCUCCCCUCCUGUUUUUUUUUCGUUUUUUUUUUUUUUUUUUUUUUUUUUUUUUUUUUUGCUCCCUCCUGCAUAUGAUAAGUUGAUAACAGCAAUAGAGAAGGCACUCCUUUCUAGAGAAGACUUAGUCCAUGGCGCACUGUCACAUCCAGUAGUUAUCUCUGCACACAGCUCAUCCCUUGAUUUUCAGGCUUCAUGGGAAGCUUAGGGUGCUUACCGUCAUGAUGGCCUUACGGUGACCAUCAUAGGUGCACGUCGUAAAGACGGCAAAUAGUGUCAUGCUAGAUCUAUGCGUCAGAGUGGCUCAUUGUGGCCGUCGGUGGCGCGGAAACAUCUUGAUGUGAGGUACAAGGCAAUGCACGUACUGGUUUUUGAUGUGUGCGUCGAGGCAUAGUAUCACCAAGCCCUGUGAACACUGGAGGUCCGAGACAUCUAGCGAAGAUCGUGAAGCGACAAAGACUCGUGGAUGAUGACCGAAGACCCCUUCAAUUUGUGGUCAAUUGGUAAAGCAUGUGUUCAUUUGGUCAACGUCUCAAUGAUGAACAAGUUUGGUCAACUUGUCAAGCGUUGAAAUCCCAUUGGUCAAGCAGUCAAAUAUCAUUUGCGCGGUCAAUCAUCUGGUCAAACAGACCAAGGAUCGGUGUCGUCCACUAGGUCGACCAGUCAAAGAUAAUUUUGUGUGGUCAAUCAACCAGUCAAAGAUACUUUUGUGUGGUCAAUCGACUGGUCAAGCAGUCAAAGAUCAUUUCGUGUGGUCAAUAAACUGGUCAACAGAUCAAGAAUCAGUGUCGUCCACUAGGUCAACCAGUCAAAGAUAAUUUUGUGUUGUCAAUCGACUGGUCAACAGCUCAAAGAUCAUUUUGUGUAGUCAAUCAACUGGUCAACAGAUCAAGAAUCAGUGUCAUCCACCAGGUCAACCAGUCAAAGAUGAUUUUGUUUUGUCAAUCGACUGGUCAACAGCUCAAAGAUCAUUUUGUGUGGUCAAUCAACUGGUCAACAGAGCAAGGAUCAAGGGUCCGUGUCGUCCACUAGGUCAACCAGUCAAAGAUCAUUUUGUGUGGGUAAUUGACUGGUCAACAGAUCAAAGAUCACUGGCGUCUGCUUGGUCAACCUGUCAAGAUCAUUUUGUGUGGUCAAUCGACUGGUCAACAACUCAAAGAUCGGUGUAGUGCACUAGUCAAAGAUGAAUCGGAUUGAUCAUUUAGCCAGCGGAUCAGUUGGUGAAUGGGUCAACUCGUCAAAUCGGUUUGGUCAACUGGUCAAAGAUGAACUAGUGUGUGCAUUGUGCACAUCUGCCUGCUAUUACGGCCAGAUUCCAUCAAAAUAUUUCCGAUGGCGAGCAUGCUCUUGGGACGGCUGGUCGAAUGAUCAACUGGCCAGCCUUUCAUCAUGACGAUGGGUACUAGGUGGGUUUCAUCUGUUUCUCAAUGCACACACACUCAGUGAAGGGUCCCCAAGGGUCACACUGGCGUAGGAAGGGCGUAGCUGAGUUGCGUGUUGCGUCAAUGCUGCCUGCCAUCAAUCCGAUAUGCAAAUGCGUAGAUGAUCCCUUCUCGCACACAAUAAAGGGUCACAAGGUUGGUCACCCGAGUGGUGGCGCUAGCACGGCAACGGCGUACUAGCUGCGAGUUCCACUCAUCACUGCCACCUGCCCUCAAACCCAGAUGCAUAUGAGCAGACGUUAGAGAUCGGGAGAAGAUUGGUUGAUUCCGAAUCAACUUGCCAGUGGUGUCUUAGGGGGGGAUUCGAUCUCCUGAUCAGUCGGUCAAUGGUUCCAUCAGAAAGUCUGGUGGGCCGGUAAUGGCGGGAAGUUUGGUUUUGCAGAAUGGCUUGGCAUCCUAAUCUCCUUGCUGGGGUUUAAGGGUGUGGUGAGGGAAAGAAGAACUCACAGGUCCGUUGUGGCGUGCUAUCGGUUAUGGUCGCAUUGGCCGGCACCUUCAUUUUGAAUCCGUAUAGUGAUUAUAAUGAUCAUUGUUCUUGUUCUCAUUUUAUUUAUUUUUUCCGCGGCUUGCAAUCGGCCGCCAUCCAGCUCUUUAGAGUCCAUUGAUUUACUAGGCUCCUUCCCCUCUGCUGACUGUGUACACUACCAGACCAGCGAUGCAUGCCUAUUGCUGUAUGAUGCAUGGUUGUCACGUUGAAUGAAUUCUAUGACAUUAU